UGAGACCGGGAGGUGGGAGGGGGCGGCGUUUCCGGCCAUCGUCGCGGUCCAGGGCAGCUGAGGCGAGAGCGAGCUGUCCGGGUGGGGAGCCCGCGUUCGCUUCUUCCUUUUCCUCCUCCUCCGGGUGAGGGGAGCGGAGGUUGGGGCCCCGACCCCAUGGACCGGGAGGAGGCGGAGGCCGCCGAGAGCCGGGGUCCCGCUGUGUGGCCCUGAGCCCCGUGGACUGGUUCUGCCUGUCUGGGAGGCCAUGGAGAAGCUGGGAAUCAAGCCAAGCCGUACUUCUUGGAUUUUAUCAAGAUUUUGUUGGCAGACGUUUGUGAAGCAGUUCAAAAGCUUGUACCUGUUUUAUAUUUGUUUCUGCUUCAGUGCUCUGUGGUUGUCAACAGAUGCCAAGGAGAGCAGGUGCCAGUGGGUGAAGACACAGUUUGGCGUUGGCCUGAGAUCCAGGGGAGAAAAUCACCUCCGGCUUCUAGAAGGAACCCCCUCUCUCCAGUCAUGUUGGGCUGCCUGCUGCCAGGACUCUGCCUGUCAUGCCUUUUGGUGGUUAGAGGGGAUGUGCAUCCAGGCAGACUGCAGCAGGCCCCAGAGCUGCCAGGCUUUUAGGACAGACUCUUCCAACUCAAUGCUGGUGUUUUUCCAAAAAUUCCAAAUUGAAGAUGAUUUGGACUUUCUGCCUGAGGAUGAUGUACCACAUAUUUUGGGGCUAGAUUGGAGCAGGGCAUCUUGGAGGAGGUGGAGCCCACCCAGAACUCCACUCAGACCCCCUUUAUCGAGUGACCAGUGGAGCUUAAUCAGAAAGCUUCGGAAGAGAGAGAAUCCCAGUGAAGAAGUAGCUGCGGUGACACAGCCUUCUAAAACGAACAAACUAGGUGAUGUAAACAGCACCGGCUCUGCAGAGGUCCACAGCACAGACACAAUUUUUAAUCCCUUAACCACAGACUUGAGUGUGAAGAUUCCUGGUUGGUCCGAUGUAUCAGUUCAGCGUGAGGCAUCAGAGGAUCCCAGUGCGACUCCUAGCAUUCAGCAAGCAAAAAGCCCUGAGGAAGUCCUGAUUGCUCACCCUCUGCCAGUGGCUCCCUCCUAUAGUUAUGCCACCCCUACCCCGCAGGCCUCUUUCCAGAGCACCUCCACACCACACCCAGUUGUAAAGGAACUGGUGGUGUCUGCUGGAAACAGUGUUCAGAUUACAUUACCUAAGAAUGAAGUUCAGUUAAAUGCAUUUGUUCUUCCAGAACCAGAUGCAGGAGAAACCUACACCUACGACUGGCAGUUGAUUACUCAUCCUAAAGACUAUAGUGGAGAAAUGGAAGGGGAACAUUUCAAGAUCCUGAAGCUGUCCAAGCUCACUCCAGGCCUGUAUGAAUUCAAAGUGAUUGUAGAUGGUCAGAAUGCUCACGGGGAAGGCUACGUGAAUGUGACAGUGAAACCAGAGCCCCGUAAGAAUCGGCCUCCUGUUGCCAUUGUGUCACCACAGUACCAGGAGAUCUCUCUGCCGACCACUUCUACAGUCAUUGAUGGCAGCCAAAGCACUGAUGAUGAUAAAAUCGUCCAGUACCACUGGGAAGAACUUAAGGGACCUCUGAGAGAAAAGAAGAUUUCUGAAGAUACCGCCAUAUUAAAAUUAAGUAAGCUCGUUCCUGGGAACUACACUUUCAGCUUGACUGUAGUAGACUCUGAUGGAGCUACCAACUCUACCACUGCAAGCCUGACGGUGAACAAGGCUGUGGACUACCCCCCUGUGGCCAAUGCAGGCCCCAACCAAGUGAUCACUCUGCCCCAGAAUUCCAUCACCCUCUUCGGGAACCAAAGCACUGAUGAUCAUGGCAUCACCAGCUAUGAGUGGUCGCUCAGCCCAAACAGCAAGGGGAAGGUGAUGGAGAUGCAGGGGGUUAGGACACCGACCCUGCAGCUCUCUGCCAUGCAAGAGGGAGACUAUACUUACCAGCUCACGGUGACUGAUACAAUAGGGCAGCAGGCCACCGCUCAGGUGACUGUUAUUGUGCAGCCUGAAAACAACAAGCCUCCACAGGCAGAUGCAGGCCCAGAUAAAGAGCUGACUCUUCCCGUGGAUAGCACAACCCUGGAUGGCAGCAAAAGCUCUGAUGACCAGAAAAUUAUCUCGUAUCUUUGGGAAAAAACACAGGGACCUGACGGGGUACAGCUCGAGAAUGCUAACAGCAGUGUCGCCACUGUGACUGGGCUGCAAGUGGGAACCUACGUGUUCACCUUGACCGUCAGAGAUGAGAGGAACCUGCAAAGCCAGAGCUCUGUGAAUGUCAUUGUCAAAGAAGAAAUGAACAAAGCACCUGUAGCCAAGAUAGCUGGAAAUGUGGUGAUUACCUUGCCCACGGACACAGCAGAGCUGGACGGCUCCAAGUCCUCAGAUGACAAGGGAAUAGUCAGCUACCUCUGGACUCGAGAUGAGGGGAGCCCAGCAGCAGGGGAGGUGUUAAAUCGCUCUGAUCACCACCCUGUCCUCUUUCUUUCCAACCUGGUCGAGGGAACCUACACGUUUCACCUGAAGGUGACUGACGCGAAGGGUGAGAGUGACGUAGACCGGACCACGGUGGAGGUGAAACCUGAUCCCAGGAAAAACAGCCUGGUGGAGAUCAUCUUGGAUGUCAACGUCAGUCAGCUAACUGAGAGGCUGAAGGGGAUGUUCAUCCGCCAGAUUGGGGUCCUCCUGGGGGUGCUGGACUCCGACAUCAUUGUGCAAAAGAUUCAGCCGUACACGGAGCAGAGCACCAAGAUGGUAUUUUUUGUUCAGAAUGAGCCUCCUCACCAGAUCUUCAAAGGCCAUGAGGUGGCAGCGAUGCUCAAGAGUGAGCUGCAGAAGCAAAAGACAGACUUUCUGAUAUUCAGGGCCCUGGAAAUCAACACUGUCACGUGCCAGUUGAACUGCUCUGACCACGGCCACUGUGAUUCAUUCACCAAACGCUGCGUCUGUGACCCUUUUUGGAUGGAGAAUUUCAUCAAGGUGCAGUUGAGGGAUGGAGACAGCAACUGUGAGUGGAGCGUGUUAUAUGUUAUCAUUGCUUCCUUUCUCAUUGUCGUUGCCUUGGGGAUCCUGUCCUGGACUGUAAUCUGUUGUUGUAAGAGGCAAAAAGGAAAACCGAAGAGGAAAAGCAAGUACAAGAUCCUGGAUGCCACGGAUCAGGAAAGCCUGGAACUGAAGCCAACGUCCCGAGCAGGCAUCAAACAGAAGGGCCCGGCACUGAGCAGCAGCCUGAUGCGCUCGGAGUCCGAGCUGGACAGUGACGAUGCCAUCUUCACGUGGCCAGACCGAGAGAAGGGCAAGCUCCUGCACGGUCAGAACGGCUCUGUGCCCAACGGGCAGACUCCGCUGAAGGCCCGGAGCCCCCGCGAGGAGAUCUUGUAGCUGCCUGGUCUGUCUCCUCAGGGUGGGGAUUGGCAGUGCCAGGGUCCAGAGCAUCGCCAGGCUGGUUCUCCUACCUCCCACAUCGGAGGGCAGCUGUUCUCCCAACCUCUGCUGGCCACUCCAUCCCCAAACCCUCAACCAGAGCCGCUGGUACUUGAAUCCAGAAACAUUCUCCAGGAACCCCUGAAUGAAGCUGUGAACGAAGAGGUUUCCUCUUUAAACCCGUCUGGUAGGUCCCUCAAAACGUCCUCACCUCAGGGCCUCCUUUUUUUGCACCCCUCUCCUGUUCCAAGGGUGGACACCGCAGCUCCUGGCUUCCUCUCCAGCUCCUUGUUGGCAGGACUGCUGCCGCCAGGGCACCUGCACAGCGAGGCCUGACUGCGUCCCCCACCCCUGGGAACAAAACCAAGCACCGCCAGCUCCUGGCCGCAGAAGCCUGCCUGCGGGCACGUUCCUUGUUCUCUACUUUGGGAUGGAGCGUGCCCUCUCUCGGCCCGGAGGAAGUGGCGCCCGCUCCUCACCCCCGAUGGUGAGCUGGUAGUGCAGAAACAGUCUGCCGAGUAGGGGAGGGCUGGCUGCUUCCAGAAAGGAGAGGCGCCCAGGCCGCGGGGCUGUUGGGUCACAGUAGCCAGACUGGACACAGGCUGCCACCCUUCUUCCUCCUGGCCACCCUGGCUGCUUCCAGAAUCAGGCCCACACUCCCUGUGCUGAGGAGGCAGCCACAGACAGACUGGACUGUGCGGCCUGAGAGCGCACGCAUGUGGCUGCCCCAGCACGGCCUGCUCCGUGUCCGUCUGUCCAAGUGUCUUCUCUCUGUCCCUGCAUGUGUGGGUGUGUGUGUGUUAGAGUGAGUGCGUGUGCAUCAACUCCUCCUAGGGCUUUUGGCUACUCGCAAGGCAACCUUGACCUGGAAAGACUUUGAGCUUGGUGGAACAGAGACUCUGAAUCCCUCUGGCCCUGUUCCUCAACCAUGAGGAACCGGUCCCUCAGCUGUGAUGUCUGGGUGUUGAGGCGUGGGAGCUUUGGGGAUGUGAUUUUUAAAAAGAAACUUCGGUUUAUACUACUGCGCUACAGUCUGUCGUGAGAUGAUUAAACCUGCUGUUCAAUUGCG